GACGAAGCAUCCCAGCCGCACGCCGAUCCACCACCUUCCCCACAUCAUUGAUAAGACAGGCGGGGAGCAGGCACUGAUAAGUAGCAAGCGAGAUCCCUUCCCAAACGACGCGAAGGGCGUGCAGUGUGUAGCGUGAAGGGCGUAGCACACCGCGCUAGCUUUCUGGCUACAUAAUCGACACCCUGCCCCGCGAGGCGUAGUGACACAUUCCACGAAAAGCCUCAAUUGCAGUUGAAGUCUGAGCCACGAGGAAGAACAGCCUGCUAUGACGCCACCUGCCGCCAUCGAGGUCACGGCCGUAACAGAUACUGAAGGCGUCACGCUUCCGGAUCCACUGCAGGCGAAUGUUAAGAGCAACGAUAUCUAUGGUCGACGGAAGAAGAGUGAGAAGAACCAAUGGGGAGUGGCUGCUCCAGCAGAUGCUAAGACGUUCCGCCAUCACAAGCAUGGCCACAAGCCAAGUGCGAAGAACUGGGAUCACCGAUUGAGCAAAGAAUCCGCUUCUCGAGAGGGCAGUUCAUUGAAGCAAGCAGCAAAGUACCUAGGCAAACCAGGCAUCAUCAGUCUCGGCGGCGGACUCCCCUCAAGUGACUACUUCCCCUUCGAAUCCCUCGAGAUCAAAGUCCCCCGCAUUGGCCACUUCUCCGAGCAGGAAACCAAGGAAUCCGGCGUUGUGCUGCACGCUGGCAAACACGACCUCGCAGAAGAUAAGUCCAUCUUCGAUAUUGCAACCGCCUUCAACUAUGGCCAGGGCCGUGGUUCCGCCCAACUGCUAAGAUGGGUCACUGAGCACACCGAGAUGGUGCACAACCCCCCGUACUCUGACUGGACGUGCACCAUGUCCAUUGGCAGCACCUCCGGGCUCGAUAUUGCCCUACGCAUGUUCGCCGAGCGCGGCGACCUCAUCCUGUCCGAAGAAUACACCUUCGCGACCGCCGUCGAGACCGCAGCUCCCAUGGGUGUCAACGUCGUGGGUGUUCCAAUGGACGCCGAGGGCAUGCUCCCGCACUCCCUCGAUCAUAUCCUCUCCACUUGGGACCCCGUCGCCCGUGGUGCUCGCAAGCCCUUCCUCGUCUACACUGUCCCAACAGGCCAGAAUCCGACCGGAGCAACCCAGGGAGCUGCUCGUCGCCGUGGCAUCUACGCCGUAGCUCAGAAACACGACCUGUACAUCCUCGAGGAUGAACCCUACUACUUCCUGCAAAUGCAGCCCUACACAGGCCCCAACGCCCCAGACGUCCCACCACCAGCAUCACACGACGCAUUCCUCAAAUCUCUCGUCCCCAGUCUCCUCUCCAUGGAUGUUGACGGGCGCGUCAUGCGACUAGACUCCUUCUCCAAAGUCCUUGCACCAGGCUCGCGAGUUGGCUGGAUCACGGCGAGCGAGCAGGUCGUAGCGCGGUACUCGAAGCACGCGGAUGUGUCGACACAGGGACCGUCGGGCAUUUCGCAGCUUGUGCUGUUCAAGUUGCUAGAUGAGCAUUUCGGGCAUGAGGGGUAUUUGGAUUGGUUGAUUCAUAUUCGGUUGGAGUAUACGAAGAGGAGGGGCGUGAUUUUAGAGGCGUGUGAGAAAUACCUGCCGAAGGAGGUUGUGAGCUGGGUGCCGCCGAUGGCGGGGAUGUUUCACUGGCUCCGCAUAGACCACACCAAACACCCCUCGUACCCCUCCCGAUCCAUCACCGACAUCGAAGACACGCUCUACCUCAACAUCAUCGAACACAAUGCGCUCAUGAUGAAGGGCUCCUGGUUCAUCCCCGACAAGAGCGUGUCUCCUGAGGCCCUAUUCUUACGCGCUACGUUCUGCGCCGCGUCGAGUGAGAACAUCACCGAGGCGAUUAGAAGAGUGGGUGUUGCCGUCAGGGAGAGUUUUAGGUUAGUCGAGGGGAAAGGGGAAGUUGUGGUGGAGGGCAAUGGGAACGGGGUGCACUGAGCAGCUAGGAGAAGUCCUCGCAGCAAAAAACGAAGAAGAGGACGAGGAGGAGAGAGAGAGAGAGAGUAGGAACCAACACAUUCGCAUCCCCCCCCUUAACGCCCAACCAAGCUUCGGGUGACGAACAUCCCACGCAUACGCACCAUUUGGCAUUUUUCAGGCGU